AUGUCUCCCUACACAUUCCUCCUCCUCCCAAUUCUCGCUCUCCUCCCCAUCCUAGCCCUCACCACCCCUGCUGUAGCAACAACAACCUGUAACGGCCAUGCCUCCUACUGCGCCCGCCGCUACUCCAACCUCGUCCACCUCGGCGCCCACGAUAGCCCCUUCGUCGGCCCCCUGCCCCAGCAUAAUCAGAACCUCAACGUCACCGAGCAACUGGACCUAGGCGUCCGCUUCCUGCAAGGCCAAACGCACCAGGGAUUCGACGACUCGCUGCGCCUCUGCCAUACCUCAUGUCUGCUCGAGGACGCAGGAACGCUGGAAUCGUUCCUGGAUACCGUCAAGGUGUGGCUGGAUGCGCACCCGGCGGAGGUCAUCACGCUGCUUCUCACCAACGGGGAUAAUCUGCCUGUUGCGAGAUUUGACGAGGCGUUUGCGAGCGCCGGGGUGAAGGAGGUUGCGUUCGUGCCGGAGUCGGGUCCCGGGGUGUUGGCCAUGGAUGCGUGGCCGACGCUGGGGACUUUGAUUGAGAAGGGGACGCGGAUGGUUGUGUUUCUGGAUUACGGCGCCGACACCAAAGCGUAUCCUUACAUCCUCGACGAAUUUGCGUAUUUCUUCGAGACUCCCUUUGACGUGACGGACCCGUCUUUCCAGGAUUGCAGCAUCAACCGGCCCCCUGGCGCCUCGGCCGGCGGGCGCAUGUAUAUUGUCAACCAUUUCCUCGACGUCGACAUUCUGGGGGUUCUUAUCCCCGAUCGUCUGCGGGCUCCCAAGACCAAUGCCGUGUCUGGCAAUGGCAGUAUCGGUGCGCAGAGUGCAUUGUGUAACUCUCUGCACGGUCGCGUGCCUAAUGUUGUCCUCGUGGAUUUUGUUGAUCAGGGCGAGGUCAUGACAGCGCAAGACACACUCAAUGGUGUAUAG